GAUAGACUGAAGAGGUGCACAACGCAGUCAACGUUAGCCAGCUAGCCGUUCACCGUUCACCAGGCCUAACGUGGGAACUGGAGUAUCUACAAGUAUCUGCAGCAUCGCGUAAAUCCAGCCAUAAAGCUAUGAGCACCAGCAAUCUACCACCUCUGCGGAAUUUGCCUACCUGGUCCCGAGUGGGCAUCCUCGACCGGGCCCGUCACCCACGGCUGUCUUCUUGUGAAUGCGUGCACAGAUCCCGAAGGGAAAGUCAGAAGGCAACUCCGAGCGAAGCAGCUACGGAUGCGGAGCUGUCCCGCCUGGCCUCUUUGGAAAAAGAUAUCCUGUUUCUUCAGCAAACGCACAAAAACACACUGGAGAAACUGCACGAGGAAAUAGACGACCUGAAACGCGCUAACAAAGAAUUACAGUAUCAGCUGAUAAUGGAAUCACAUCCUGCAUCUCCAAAAGAGAUUGAGGCUAGUGCUGGUGACUCGCAUGAGAAGAAGUCUCAGAAAAGUGACACAAGCUCUGAAGAGAAGCUGGAGACUGCUGGAGAACAAGUUGAGGGCCUCAUCACAUCUACGCUUCCUCUGAAGAUCCACAGUGCUCGGUCCCGAUGCCCACGCACCCCAAGCCUGCAGGAGUGCCAGGCCAUCAUCAGACAGCUCUACAAUUGCAAUGUCUUGCAGUCUCAGGAGCUGUUGCGGCUGAAGGCUCUCCUCAAAGACAUUGUCCUGCAUGAAAAGAAAAUGUCACAUGAGGACUUCAGUGUAACGAAGGCAUUCCUCUCUGACCCCAGCGGCAGUCAAGAGUUGGAGCGCUUUCCAAACCUGUCUUUUCAGCCCUUUCCAAAAAGCCAACCGCCCACGCGGGCGAGUGCUGGGGAGAAGAUGGUCCUGCCAGCCAUCAGGCAGAGCUGCAGUGUGACGGAGAGGCAGAAACGAGCCCAGGACGUGCACAAAACGCGUCUCAGGAGAGCGGUCAACUCCUAGCUAUGUAACCAGGCAACAGAGAAUUAAAACCCCUUCCUCUGCACUGAUGUAGUAAUCAGAACCUUUGUUUUUAUUAUGAGUGGUUGCUCUGUGCCAACACGACGAGGCCCUCGGCUCCCACACGCACGUCUUUUCAAGUCGAGGGUAAUAACACUUCUGUGGUUAAAGUAAAGCAUCGGGAGACCCGUGCCUUAAAUGGAGCAAUUUCUCUUUCGCAGAGUCAGUUGUGCCCUGCGAUAGAGUGACACUAUCCAGGGUUGCUUCCCACAUUGCGCCGGUGCUCCUGGGAUCGGCUUUGGCCCCCUGCCACCCUGAAUUUGAAGAACUGGUUUAGAAGAUAAAUGAAUGAACAACAGAUGUGAAUUGACAGUAACUUCCUGUUGAUAUCUGGAUUUACUUCAUAUUUGCCAUGUA